AGUGCACGACACGUGAGGCGCCCGUCAUGUGAUCGUCGCAUCACGUGAUUGGAGCCGUUCCUGGCCCUCGACGACUUGCUGUAUCAUGUCGAACGAAACACUCUAACACUGGAACAAAACCAUGGGUUCACGGCGUACGUGUGUCAAGAUAGUACUCCGCCGAAUGCUCUCUCGGAUAAUAACGCUACUUACUCUGCUCGCCAUUACGGUCAGGGCUCAGAACGGUCCGUGGUACGAGGAACUGUGCAGUUACAAUUGGGAGGCCAUAGACCAGGACAACAACGUGAAAUACUUCCUGAGGUUGUGCAGCUCAUCCUCCAGCACAGAAUGCGGGGACGCUAGCAGUGUCUGUGCCCAUGAUCUCAAGAACAAUAAGUACCAGUCUGUGGGUGAGCACCUCAAUCAAAGCUUGUCCGGGAGAGUCCUGGAUUUCCGCUCCUCUCAGAAGUGCCUCGGCAGCAAGCAGACCAUUCGGAGCAGCAUCAGCUUCCAGUGCGGAAAGACGCUGGGGACCCCGGAAUUCGUCACCGUGUCGGAAUGCGUGCACUAUUUUGAGUGGAGAACCUACGUGGCCUGCAAAAGAGACACGUUCAAGCCCCACGGAGAGGUUCCUUGCUAUGUCUUUGACACUGACGGGAAGAAGCACGACCUCAGUCCCCUCAUCAAGCUCACCGGCGGUUACCUGGUGGAUGACUCGGAUGAGACCUUCGACUUGUACAUCAACAUCUGCCGCAGCAUCACCCGAGCAGGAAGCACCUGCCCGGAAGAUUCCGCUGCCUGCCUGGACAUGGGAAUGGUCUCUUACGGAGUGGGCCUUCCCAAGACACCUCUGGCCCUGGUCUCCAGUGACAGGCUGAAGCUGAGCUACGAAUCGGGCACCAGCAGGCCGGACUUCUGCGGGGAGCACAGCCCUGCUGUUAAUGUCACCUUCAUCUGUCCCUCGCAAAGACAGGAGGCCACUGAGCCCAGGCUGACGGCGAAGACCAACUGCAGGUAUGAGGUGGAGUGGGUGACAGAGUACGCCUGUCACAGAGAUUACCUGGAGAGCCACAGCUGUUCCCUGACCAGCGAGCAGCACGACAUCUCCAUUGACCUGAGUCCUCUGACGCUCUCGAGUUCCUACCAGCCAUACUACGCGACGUCAGGCAAUUACACGUAUUACCUGAACGUCUGUGGGGAGGUCAAGGCGGGCGGCUGUUCGAGUCUGAAGAAGUACGUCUCAGCCUGUCAGGUCAAGGACAGUGAGGUGGUGGCCAAGGUCGCCGGGACGUACCAGAAUCAGACGCUGAGAUACUCAGAUGGGGAUCUUACCCUCAUUUACCCCGAGGGCAAUACCUGCAGCUCGGGUUUCCAGCGAAUGACUAUCAUCAACUUUGAGUGCAAUAAAACAGCAGGAAACGACGGCAGAGGAUCACCGGUGUUUACAGGGGAGAGCGACUGCACAUACUACUUCAACUGGCAGACGAUGUACGCAUGUGUCAAGGAAAAAGAAGACCUCAUCUGCUCAGUGUCGGGCGGCAAGGAGCACUAUGACUUGUCACCUCUCAUGCGGUCCCCGGAGUCCGAUGGGGUCCAGAACUGGGAGGCCGUUGAGAGUGGUGUCCCAGAGUCGGACCACAGGCAGUUCUACAUCAACGUGUGCCACCGGGUCCUCCAGCAGGGGGCAGCGUCGGGAUGUCCUGAGGAUGCUGCCAUCUGUGCCCUUGAAAAGGGGAAAACCACCAGUUUGGGCAAAUUCCUCUCUGCCCCCCAAAAGAAGGAUAAAAGUAUUACUCUGGUGUACACCGAGGGGGACAUCUGUGCCGGGAAAAAGAAGAUAAGAACCACCAUUAUACUGUUCUGCAAACCAGGUGACCUGGAGAGCGCCCCCCAGCUGCGCAGUGUGUCCACCGACGGCUGCGAGUACGAGUUUGAGUGGCAAACGGCCGCCGCCUGCGUCCUGUCCAAGGCAGAAGGUGACGGCUGCCAGGUGUCGGAUCCCCAGGCCGGCUUUUCCUUUGACCUCUCCCCUUUGACCAAGCACGGUGACGUCUACAACACCUCCAACAGGGAGUACAUGUACUUCCUCAACGUCUGUCAAAACGUCACUGUCUCGUCCUGUCCCAAAAACGCGGGGGCCUGCCAGGUAGACAAAAGCGGGGAGUCAUGGAGUCUUGGGGAGUUUAACUCCAAGCUGUCCUACUACGACGGCAUGAUCAAGCUGACCUAUCAGAACGGCUCCCAGUACAACGACGAGAAGCACACACGUCGGUCGGCGCUCAUCUCCUUCCUCUGCGACCGCCAAGCUGGGGUUGGCCGGCCCGAGUUCCAGGUGGAGGAUUCGUUCACUUACAACUUCAAGUGGUACACCUCGUACGCUUGCCCGGAGAAGGCCCUCGAGUGCCUGGUGACAGACCCGGACACCCUGCAGCAGUAUGAUCUCUCCAGCUUGUCCAGGGCUGAGGGCUUUGGUGCCAAGAACUGGCAGACUUUCGACUUGAGGACACAGAGGAAGUACUACAUCAACGUCUGCCGCCCCCUCAAUGCCAUGCCGGGCUGUGACCGCUUCGCCUCCGUCUGCGAGACGCAGUACGAGCCGCAGGAGGGUGGCGAGGCAGAGAGCGUGUCCAUCAGCAACCUGGGCGUGGCAGAGAAAGGCCCCGUGUUUGUGGACAAGGAGCAGCUGCUGCUGGAGUAUACAGGGGGCUCCACCUGCGUGUUCGCGGAUCAGAAGGCCAGCUACACCACCCGCAUCCACCUGCUGUGCCUCAGAGGCGUGGUGUCUUCUGGGCCGCGUUUCAUCAUGAUGCAGAACUGCACCGCCACCUUCCUGUGGUACACCGAGGCAGCGUGUCCCAUCUCCACCACGGAGAUCAAAAACCAGACCUGCUCGCUGAAGGAUCCCACCACAGGUUUUGAGUUCGACUUGCUCCCUCUUGCCUCCAAGACGGGCUACUCCACUUCUGGGAAUUCCAAGACUUUCCUGGUUAACAUCUGUGGAGCGGUAGAGCAGUGCGGCAAGGAUGGUGACGUCCUGGUGGCAGGCUGCGAGUUGGACGGCGGCACGCCCAAGGCGCUCGUUGGCGUGGAAAAAUCCCUUCAGUUCUCCAGCGAUGGCCAGCUGACCCUCAUCUAUAAGGGACACCUGGAUAUACCUACAGGAAUCAGAGACACUUUCACCAUCGGUUUUGUGUGCGACCAGAAUGAGAGCCCCGGGUCUCUGAGUUUGGUCCGGGAGGAACUGAGCACCAGCGAUCACGUGACCCACGAUGUCCUCUUUGAGUUCCGGACCAGCCUUGCCUGCUUGCCCGCCCCUGUGGACUGCCACGUCAUCGAUCACCACGGCAACGAGUAUGACCUUAGUGACCUCAGCCGAAGCGACAGACCCUGGGAGGCCGUCGACGUCUCCGGGCAGGCGCAGUCACAGAGGUUCUACAUCAACAUCUGCAAGCCACUGCCUCGGGUAGACGGCUGUUCCGGGGGAGCCCUGGGUGCCUGUGGCAAGCUGGGUGACAAGUUUGUGAACCUGGGCUUCAUGCAGUCCAGCCCCCAGGUUGCUCCGGACGGCUCCAUCACAGUGGUUUACCUGAACGGGGAUCGGUGUGAUAGCGGCAGUUACUCCACCCGCAUCAUCUUCGAGUGCGACAGCAGCCCUGGUUCUCCCAUGUUUGCUGGGAGGGAUGGCUGCGAAUUCCUCUUCAUGUGGAGAACGUCAGAGGCUUGUCCCAUCCAUAGGGUUCAGGGUGAGAACUGCCAGGUUCAGGACCCCAGGACCGGCCACGUGUUUAACUUGAUGCCUCUCUCUGUGAGGGACUACGAGGUGAAGAGUGGGAAAUAUGAAUACCACCUGGGGGUGUGCAAGGGGGUCCAGCAGAGCGUCUGCUCGCUCAAGGACUCCAGCAGAGACAGCGUGUCAUCCUGUCAGGUGGAGGGAAGUACUCACAAAAUUGCAGGAUUAACCACACAGAAUAUCACCUAUGAUGAUGGGUUUCUAAUGAUUAACUAUACCCGAGGAGACAUCUGCCACAAGAUCUACCAGCGCUCUACAACCAUCGUCUUCAUCUGUGACCACAGCAAGAGCAUUGGGAGCCCAGAGUUUAUCAAGGAGACCGAUGACUGCGUAUACCUCUUUCAGUGGCAUACCGCUCUAGCCUGUCUGCCUUUCAAGACGACCAGCUGUACCUACAAUGAUGACAAAGGCAACUCGUACGAUCUGUCACCUCUCUCCAUGUCCCGCGACAACUGGGUGGUAAAGUCAGAAACAGGAGAAGACCAACGAUUCUACAUCAACGUGUGCAAGUCUCUGGUUCCGCAGAGUGGUGACUGGGGCUGCCCGUCCACAGCGGCGUCCUGCAUGAAAAGCGGGAAGGACUACAUGAGCCUCGGUGAGGUUGAGUCUGGGCCCAAAUGGGAGGACAAUGCGCUGGUGCUGCACUACACCAGUGGGUCGUUGUGUCCAGACGGACAGAGGAACCGAACUACCUUCAUCCACUUCCGGUGUGACCCGGACAGAGUGGAAUCCAUGCCCAAUCUGGUGAAGGCCAUUGAGGAGUGCACCUAUACCUUCGUGUGGCUUAGUGCUGCUGCCUGCCCACUAAGGACCAGUAGCCAUGGGGACUGUGUGGUCACCAACCCACUCACGGGACACCUCUUCAACCUGAGCAGCUUAAACCAGAGAGUUGGAUACCGGGUCUACGACAACGUGGACCAGAGGAAGAUCUACGACCUGAAUGUGUGUGGCGAGCUGGAAGGAUCUUUGUGUGAAAAUGGCACUGCCGUCUGCAUGAAGAACAACCAGGGAGCCUGGAGCGUCGGCAUGGUGAACCGGACCCUGUCGUACCAAGACCAGGUGGUGCAGCUGACUUACGAGAAUGGGGCCCCGUGCGAGGCCAACAAGGCCCUCCGACACAAGAGCAUCAUCAGCUUUAUCUGCAAGUCCACCACACCGGGGGUGGGGGACAGGGGCCUGGUGCUGGUGGACUCCAACCCCAGCACAUGUGUCCACUUCUUCUCCUGGCUCACCCCUCUGGUCUGUGAGCAGAAGGUCAGGUGCUCUGUAUGGAACAGCACGUCCCUCAUCGACCUGAGCCCUCUGAUCCAUAGGACAGGCUACCAUCGGGCCAUUGAUGUGGCCCUGGGUGAAGAUCACUCCCCCGACUUCUACAUCAACAUCUGCGAGUCGCUGAACCCCAUCCCCGGAGUGAACUGUCCGCCUGGGGCCGCCAUUUGCAUGGACCCUGAUAACGGCCCCCCCGUGGACAUCGGCCGCAUCACAGGCCCGCCAGUCCUGCACAACAACGAGGUGUCCAUCUCCUUCAACAGCUCCACCCCCUGCUCCUCCAACGCCAAUUACAGCUCCAUCAUCAAGUUCAUGUGCCAGCAAGGCACGGAACUGGGGACUCCACAGAUGAUCAGCCGAAUGGAGUGCCAGUACGUGUUCGAGUGGGCUACCCCGCUGGUGUGCCCCGAUACCAUCAGCGUGAAGGGGUGCACCCUCAAAGACGAGCGGCUGCAGUUCACCUUUGACCUCUCGUCGCUCUCCGGGGCUGUCCAGAAGGUGUCCUCCAGGUCGGGGUCCUACUCGGUCAGCGUGUGCGGGACGGUGCCGGAGAGCGAGUGCAGAGGCAGCGCCAUCUGCCUGCUGUCAGGAGGGUCUGCCUUUUCCUUCGGCUACGGCAAGGCCAUGAAGAUGGACUACAGGCACGAGGAUGAGGCCGUCUUGGUGCAGUAUGGCGGCGGAGACCCCUGCCCUUCAGUCACCACCACGGGGACCAUGUGCGUGUUCCCCUUCACCUUCAUGAAGAAACGCUACAGCCAGUGCACCACGGAAGGCAGGACCGACGGCAGGACAUGGUGCGCCACCACCAGCAACUACGACAAGGACAAGCAGUGGGGAUUCUGUGCCAGCGUGCACGAGACACGGAACUCGUCCAUCCUGCUCACAUGCGACCGUUCAGCGGGACGCGGGACCCCCGAGCUGCUGAGCGAGACCCUUGGCUGCUACGCUGCCUUCCAGUGGGCCACCGAUGCCGUGUGCCCCCCCAGGAAGAUGGAAUGCAAGCUGGUGCACGAUCACCGCACAUACGACCUACGCACACUCUCCUCGCUCACCGGGCCGUGGAGGUUCAGCCAGAACGGCGACGCGUACUACCUGAACCUAUGCCAGGGGAUCCACGCCGGUUUGACAGACUGUCCAGCAGGGGCAUCGGUGUGCCGGCGAAUUCGAGGCGGCCAGACCCAGGUGCUGGGCCGUGUCCAUACCCAGACCAUGGCCUUCGUGGAUGGCAAGAUCCAGGUGAACUACACCAACAAUGCCUCCGUCUGCAAAAACAGACAGCCCGCCAAGACAGUCAUCCAGCUCAGCUGUGGCACCACCAUCGGGAACCCCAGGCUGCUCCGGGUGGAUGCAGAGGCAUGUGAGUUCUGGGUGGUCUGGGAGACGAGGGCGGCGUGUGCUGCCACCGUGCGCGAGGUGGAGAUGAUCAACGGGACCAUCAAGGUCCCCGACACAGGGGUGACCUUCAGCCUCGGGGCCCUGUACUACAGGCUGCACCAGGCAUCUGGGGACAUCCGGUCCAACGGGGACACCUACACCUAUGACAUCCAGCUGUCGGGCAUCACCAAUGGGUCGUCCAACCAGUGUACCGGAGCCAACAUCUGCCAGGUGAAGGUGAACGAGAAGUACUGGAGGAAGAUCGGCUCGUCCCGCAACGUCAAGUACUUCAUCAAAGAUGGGAACUUGGACGUCUUUGUCACAUCAGAAUCGCACUGCGGACGCGAUGCGAACAAGACGGUCUCCUCUACCAUCCUCUUCCACUGCAGCCCCUCGGCUGGGGAGGGUAUCCCAGAAUUCCUCCUGGAGGCAGACGGCUGCCAGUACCUCUUCAUCUGGCACACGGCUGCCGUCUGCGCGCUUUUUGAGGUAGAUAACAACAGUCAGCCUUCUGAGGAAGGGGAGGAGCAUGCCGGCCUGUCAGGGCGCAGUCAGGCCCUGGGGGCGGUCCUCAGCCUCCUCCUCGUGGUUCUUACGGUUUGCCUGCUGAUCCUGCUUCUGCACAAGCGAGAGAGGAGGGAGCUGGUGCUACAGAAAGUGACCGGAUGCUGCAAAAGGGGAAGCGACUUGUCCUAUAAGUACUCGAAGGUAAAUACAGAAGAGCUGGGUGGGGAUGAUGAGACAGAGUGGCUGAUGGAGGAGAUGGAGCCCACGGAAUUGUCUUCACGGCGGGGAAAGGAGGUGCAGGAGAAUGGUCACGUGACCACACGGGCGGUGCACGCCGACGCACUGCGCUCGCUGCCGCUGGACGAGCAGGACAGCGAGGACGAGGUGUUAACGGUGCCCGAAGUGCGCGUCCAAGCCAGCAGGCCCGCAGCCCGACAGCAGCAUUCCCGCCGGGGCCCGCUGCCACGGGGGCCCGAGAGCGACGAGGACCUGGUGGGACUCCUGGAGGAGGACGAGAGGGGCGGGCGGGGCAGGCGGCGGGAGAAGCCCCGCCGGAAGCGGGGGCCCAAUCCCACCUCCUUCCACGACGACAGCGACGAGGACCUCCUCAACGUCUGAAGCUCACAGCUCCUGGGGGGCCCGUAUGCCCCGCCCCGCCCCACACUCUCAACACCCACCUUGGGGGUUUUUUUUUGUCUUUUUCUUUUUUUUUUUUUUUUUUAAAAAAAAAAGGGAAUAAUAUUCAAUUGUGACAUUUACAGUUUUAGAGAGCAGAUUUUUUUCCCCCCAAAAGGUGACUUUGCCAUUUUGUUGUUUAAAAUCAACUAAACAUACACAAAACAGCUUUAUUUUUUUAUUGUUUUCUGAGCUGUUCUGCACUCCAAUUAAAAACAGCAAGACGGGACACGCACUGUAAUUACAUAACGUAUACUACAAACCCAGAUAAAUAUUAAUAUGCCUAAAAACAAAAUGAAAUGCAUUUAAAUCAGUAAAUAUCUGAUGAGACACUUGGAAUGUGGAAUCGUUGGGUGAUUCUGAGAAGUUUCUCGCCGAGUUGUAUUGCCUUGACAUGUAUUAAUCCAUAUUUUUUGUUUGUAUGAGUGUGACGAACAUCACCGCCAAAGCGUUCAGCUCUACAUCGUGCUUCCCGUUUUAAGACGGUACAGUCUGUCUUAAAUAAGAGUAGCUUUUCCCUCAUAACACUCGUAACUCUUCUUUUGCCAAAAACCGCCUGUGGUUCUGCAUGGCGUAGAGAUCAGAACUGAGGUACUGGGUGCCAUUGGGAACAUUUGCUCGGUGUGAUAAUUCUCGUGCUCAGAAGUUUGUUACAAUCACUGGUACUGGGUUACCAUUCAGGGUUACUGUUCUGGUAGAUUUGCCCUUCUACUGUGGCUGUGUUAAAUUUUGCAUUGAUUUUAUUUUUUGUACAAAACCAUGAUUUUGCAUGACGUUCCACAAGAUGAAAUGCUCCUGAGCUCUGACAGUGCCGGCGAUGAAGUAUUUACUGUACUUGUUUGACUCUUACCCUGGUUCCUAAGGGACACUAUUCUAGACUCUUUUCUGCUUAUUUCAUGAGUAUUGCAGCACAUGCCUUUAUGAACACCGGUACAUGUAGGUACAUACAGUUCAUAGAAAAUACACCUAAUAUAUUUUUUUUUUCUUUCCUCCUCCCCCCAAAGCACCAGAAUGUGGGCCGGGGCCAAACGUGUAAACUCAGUUUCUUUGGAGCAUCCUCGAGAGAUUUCUAGAAUGUUCUUUCAAAUUCAGUCUCCGUUAGAAGGGAGGCAUAGAUUAUGGCAUCAAUAGGUGCAGCAUACCAAUCGUUCUGUGAAGGAAAAUCGUCUAAAAAGCACUUUCAUACACGACGUCCUAAGUGCGCGUUGUGUGUUGGACGGGAAUGAGCAACAUGGUUCUCUUGGUUCUGGUUCCGCUGGUUCCUGCUGGUUCUAGCUCUGGUUUAGCCUGUCUUGUAUGUGGCAGUCCGGGUUGAUUCAGUAUGUCGCGAUUGGUACUGAUUUCGUGAGAAUAAGCUUCAAAGCCUCACUUUUGGGUGUAAAUUUAAUUGUUCGUUCUUUCAAUUUGAAGUUCUGGGAAGUCCUGUCUCCUCUUUUUUUCCCAAAUCGGUAUGUUUUAUUGUCUUUUGGAUAUGUUUUCCUAUUUAAAAUGUUGAUGUUCGAAUAUGGUAUUGCAUUAUUUCAAUAAAUUAAGAGAUCAGCU